UUAUGUGUUUAAAUAAAAUACUACUCAUCUUUUUGAAUGAACUUAAUUUACACAUAAUAUAUGCACAGUAAAUGUUUAUGGUUUAUGAUUUGUGCAUGAAAGCACUUUGACAGCAAGUAAUUUACUGUUAUAGCCUAGUGCUUUUCAUAGCAUUAUUACGGAAUAGGAGAUGUUCACAAAUAGUUUUUAAAUCAACUAGGGUUAAUUACAUAUCUUUAAUCUUCUGAGCCAUUGAUGGUGUGGGAGGUAGAAGGAAGAGAUGGGAGUUUUCUAAACUGAAAGGUUUUUGGCUGCCCAAGCUCCAGAGUUCAAAGACCUGGUUUGCCUCAUUUCUCCAGGUUCCAGAAGAAAACAGUCAAAAGUCAGCCAAAGAAACCAGGACACAAGGAGGGAACCUGGAGCUCCCCAAAUGCCUGUGCCCCCGCCCUUUCCCAGGCUAGUGGCCAACAUUGGGAUUACUGAUUCUCAGCCAUGCGUGGAUUUUUCCAUGAUUUCUGGGGAGAUAAACACAGAACCUUAUACUUGUGUGAGAAGCACUUAGUGAGCCGUUUCCUCAGCUUUUUAAUUUUUAAAAAAUAUUUUUCAUUUGUCUGCGUAUGUGUGGUCCUGUGCUCUCAAUAAGGUGUCCAUGUGGAGACCUGAAGACAACUCUGUGGAGCUGUUCCUUUCCUUCCCCCCUUGUGUAGUUUCCAGGGAAGGAACUCAAGUCUUUCAGGCUUGUUGUCAAGCAUUUCGCUCCACUUCCACAUCUAGUCAGCCUCAUGACUAAUCAGCAAAGAAAGAGGGAUCCAGGUGGAAUGCAGAGUUGCUAAGGUUGAAGCAGAUAGAGGUGUAUAUUAUGUUGCUACCUGUGGCAGGAGGGGCUGGUCUUGGAAUCAGUGUGGCUCUUGGUCUUCUGCUGUGACUUAAAUAUGAGUCUUCAUCUGUUAUUUGAGGCUUAAUUUCUUUUUUCUAUGAAAUUAACCUUGAUGUCUUCAUGCAACAUAAUGAAGACCCCAAAGAAAGCCUCCGCCUUAGAACAAGUACUUUUCACAUUACAGAGAAGGACGUAAGGAGCCAGAGGGCUCACUGUUUUGCUCAAACACUCACAGAGAAGAUUGGGCUUGGGUGGAAGUCUGUCUCUAGGUGAGGGCACUCACUGCCUGUCCCACUGGUUUAGAGCUAUCUUGGUGAGAUACCACUGUGAAUGUCACUGCUAACAAAAUAUUUUCUAAAGUUUUGAGAGAAAUUUCCUGCUUCAUUCUGUGUAAUUGCCUCUCUUCCACUCUAUUCUGUGAUGCUGAGUCCUCAACUGAUUAGAACUUGAGCUAAGCUCUCUCAGGAGAAGUUUAGAUCAGUUUCUAUCUCUCUGUCAAGUGAUGUUCUUAUUGUACCUCUUUCAUGUAGAGUUGCUGCAAGAAUUAAAUAUUUUGGGGGCACCUAGAACAAUGUCUAGAACCAGGAAAUCACCUGUCACCCCCAUCAUGGAUAUGAGCUCUGACGUUCCGUAAGAUGCAUGCUCUGUGGAUUUCAUUACCAAGCAGCCCCAGCUGUGUGAUCUUAAAUAUCAGGUUAGAGAAGCAUAACUGCCAAUGUAAGAGACAACACAUGCAAGGCCCUGAUCCAUUAUUCACACUGAUGUUGACAAUGGGUAAGGGAUAGGGAAGCGAGCAGGCAAAUUACAGGCAGGCAGGCAGGGAGACUUUAGAAAGUUAGCCUUGGCAACAUUUGCAUCUCUUCUGAAGAGAGGAGCCCCUGCACCUUCAGAUCUGACAUCCCUUCUCUACCUCAGGCUUGGGGAGAGACUUCUUAGAGCAACAAAUAUCUCUUCAUGGGACCCAUCAUGCCCACAGGAGAAAUGAGCACAGGUCAUACAGUUCUGGGAUGUCAGACUACUGAUAAGACAGUUAUCACUUUAUUCAUCAUUUUAGUCCUUUUGUGCCUGGUAGCAGUGGCAGGCAAUGGAUUUAUCACCGUAGCACUGGGCAUGAAAUGGUUGCUCCGGAGAACACUGUCAGCUCAUAAUAAGUUACUGAUCAGUCUAGCAGCCUCUCGCUUCUGUCUCCAAUGGGUGGUGAUAGGUAAGAAUAUUUAUGUUUUCCUGAAUCCAGCAAGCUUCCCAUACAACCCUGUGAUGCAGCUCCUAAGUUUAAUUGGGGACUUCCUGAUUGCUGUUACUAUCUGGUUCUGCUCCUUGCUAGGAUUCUUCUAUUGUGUGAAGAUUGCAACCUUAACUCACCCUGCAUUCGUCUGGCUAAAGUACAGGGUGCCUGGGUGGGUACCAUGGAUGUUGCUCAGUGCUGUGGCAAUGUCAAGCUUAACUAGUAUCCUGUGUUUCAUAGGCAAUCAUAUGGUAUAUCAGAACUAUGUAAGGAGUGGCCAGCAACCUUGGAAUGUCACUGGGAAUAGCUUAAUAAACUCGCUUGAGAAAUUCUACUUCUUUUCUACAAAAAUAAUUAUGUGGACAAUCCCUACUGUUAUCUUUAGCAUUUUUAUGAGUUUGCUCCUCAUAUCGUUGGUAAGACACAUGAAGAAAACUCUCUUGACCCUCUCAAAACAUCAGGAUAUCUGGACACAGGCCCACAUCAUAGCUCUCCUUCUUCUGCUGUCCUUCAUCAUCCUUUUUAUUUCCUGUUUUCUGACACUGAUAGUCAGUUCUGCCAGCAGUACACCAUUUCAGGAAUUCAGGUAUUGGAUGUGGCAGGUGGUGAUUAAUCUGUCCACAGUGAUACACCCCUUUGUUAUACUCUCCAGCAACUCUGGGCUGAGAGUGGUGAUGAAGAGGGGUUGCUGCUGAAGAUAAGGGGCAACCUGAGGGGCAGUUGAUAACCCUUGGACAGUGGGACAGAAGGCAUGAGAGCAAUGGACACAGCUUCUUUUUUUUUGUUGUUGCAUUUGAUAUUUAUUCCAAUUUUACUACAUGCACUAAUAUAUGAGUAACCUCAGUGCAAGAGGUGAGCUCCAUGAUCUUGAAAAUGAGCUACUGUCACUGAUAUGUACCGUGUUAUCUGGGGGACUUGAUGUCAUCAAUGGACCUGGAAGCUUUGACAUUCCCUGUGAUGCACUUAUCUCCUGGAGGUUAAAACUAUUCCCUAGGUGAAGAGACCCUGACACACCAAGUGAUAUUUUCUGUGCUGAGUCAGACUGGAGAAGAUGCUUAGAACUUUCUUUUUCCCUCUGGACACAUCCCGUGAACCACCCUUCCUUCUCAGCAGUUUAGCCAUUUGCCUUGGGGAUUCCUUCUGUCAUCACAGAGAAACUAAGACACUCCUUGAUCUGAAGUCUGUAGACAGACCAUGGUAUAGUUUGUGCUUGGGUGCGGCAGUGUGUACCAUCUUAAAGGUUCAUAGUUUCAAAUGACCUCAAAUGAGCCCCCUGAAAGCCCAGCAUCUUGAAUCUGUUUAUUGUUGCAGUUCUCUACAAUGGCCUGGUUUGUGAGUUAAGGUUGUGGGUUAUAUUUGCCUCCUUUUGUGUCGACAUAUGGAUGUACUGAAGUUUUUGAUAUGGGCAAGAUCUUCUAUGUUGUUCUAGAAUUUAGGUUUAAGAAGAGAAAGACUCUUGCUUUAAUGAGGAACUGCACAUUGCAACUUUCCUUUUCUUAAUUGUUUUCCAGCCUUUGCUACACUCAUUUAUCCCUAAAGCAAUUCAAACUGACAUUUCUCAAGUUCUGGUCCUGCCAAAAUAUGUCAGACAUAAGACCCUGCUCUCUGCCCAGAGUUUGGCUAUGAGUCUCAGCAUCCCUUGUUGGGCACAGCCUUUCUGAGAUCCUCUAUAGUAGGCUCCUGUCCUGUUCCCUCUCUUUCACUGCUUCUGGUGUCUAUCCUGUUUGCCAUUCUGAAUGAGAUUUAAGCAUCCUCUCUAGGGUCCUCAUUGUUAUUUAGCUUCUUUAGGUGUACAGAUUUUAGUGUGGUUUUCCUAUAAUAUAAUUAUAACAUAAUAUAAAUAUAAUUAUGGUUAAUAUCCACUUAUAUGUGAGUAUAUACUAUGUGUGUCUUUCCAGUUCAGGCUUACCUAACUCAGGAUGAUCUUUUUCAGUUCCAUUCAUUUGCAUGCAGAUUUCAUGAUUUCCUUGUCUUUAAUAGCUGAGUAGUAUUCUAUUGUGUAAAUAGAUAGAAGGACCCAGAGGGGAGAGGAGCUGCACAAGGAGAGCAACAAAGCUAAAAAAAAUCUGAGCUCAGGGGGCCCUGCAGAGACUGAUGCACCAACUAAGGAUCAUGCACGGAGAGGACUUAGACCCCCUGCUCAGACCCCCAUAGGCAGCUCAGUCUCCAUGUGGGUUUCUGAGUGAGGAGAGCAGGGGCUAUUUCUGAUAUGAACUCAGUUUCCUGCUCUUUGAUCACCACCACCCCCCCCCCCCCGGCAAUGUGGUCUUCCCAGGCCACAGAGGAAGAGGAUCCAGGCAGUCCUGAUGAGACUUGGUAAGCUAUGGUCAGCCGGCAGGGGAGGGGGACUCCCUCUAUCAAUGGACUAAGGGAAAGGG